CGCAUAGACAACUGAAGUCCAGCUCGGAUUUCCAAUCAACCUCUUCGCAAUGUCUAUUCCGACCCUCUCGACCCACCGCUCACUCACUGUGCUCGGUCGCCGUCAACUCUUUUCGACACGGAUCGCCAGCUCGAGUGCUGGUUCCUCACGAAGAGCCUUUGCGAACGAUUCGAAAGAUGAUUCGAAGAUUGUCGACGAAAAACCGAAACAAGAACGCCUGGAAGACAUCUUUGCCGACCUGUUUGACGAAAAGCCUCUCCCCUCUCUCCGACCGCCCAGACCGCCCGCUGCCAAGACCGCCCAAUCUCAGCUAGACGCUAUUUACUCCAGAAUUGGCAACGACGGGAAUGCCCAGACCGACGACAGCGUUCUUCCGAGCUGGGUAAGGUCCAGCCCGAAAGUCGAUGCACCCCGCAGGAACAUAUUCUCAGACGAAUCGGGGAUAAACUAUAACUCAGCACCAAGGAAGAGGUCUCAGAUGGGCGCUUCCUCAUCAUCCGGAUCACCGUCGUCGUCGGCCCGGCAGGGAUCCGAAUGGCGAUCCGACCGAAGUGGUACGGCUGGUGGAGGUAGGGGUAAUCGGUUCGGAAUGCAAUCCGACAACGACAGGACCUCAAGGAUCAACAACGACAGGUCCAUGAUGACUCCCAAAGAGACCAAGGCGUUCAACUCGAUCUUGAAUGGGAUGUACAAGGAUCAUACCGGCGCUUCCACCACCAAGAGUGCGCAGAGUGUGGAAAGUAUCGAGACUUUGGAGAGCGAUAAGCCUGAGAGGGUCGUCUCGGCGCCUCUGGGGUACCUAGAUGCCGAUCCCGCAGAUUCGUCAAGGUCGACCUCGAACUACAACUCGGCCCAGUCGGGAUCUUCAACCUCAAACUCGAAUCCGAGCCGAACACCUCGACCGGUCAAACCGACCAUGCCCGCUCACGAGAUGGAACAAGCGACGUAUGACGAGUUUGAUAGGCAGAAGGAAAUCAUUUCGGGCUUGGGGUCCGAUUUGGAAGUUUGGGAAUGGGCUAGGGAGAACGUAUUCCAGACUCCCUCGAAGGCGGCCAACCUAGCUGAGGGAGAGACCGGGGCUGGACAAGUGGAAUUGGAGAGAAAAACGAGGAGCCCGGCGUUCCCAGCUUCGUACUCGCUCGUCCUGGCCUACCUGAUCAAGGUCUUCAGGGACGAAUUCAAGAAUCCUCAUCUCGCCCUCUCCGCCUUCACCCUCGCCCGCUCGCAUUCGAUCCAAUCUUACGUUUCGGGAUGCUCCACGGCGGCGUACAACGAAGCGCUGGAAACGUACUGGAAGUCUUUCCGGAACCUUCGGAGGGUGGAAGAAUGUGUCAAGGAGAUGAGCGUGAAUGGGGUAGGGUGGGAUCGGAACACUAGCAGAAUACUCUCCGGGAUCAUAGAGACCUUGAGCGAGACGCAGUUGUCUUCCCCCUCGGCCCAGUUUGGAGCGGGACAAAGACGCCUAGAAGCGGAAUUCGGGACCGAGGUCUUGAUCCGCCUGGGAGCUUUGGAGAAACGGGUGGAAGCCGAUGUGAGGAGUAAAGAGAAGGGGGUGAGGAUGUUACUCGGGCAAUUGGCGGCAGAGAGGAGGAAGAGGGAGGCGGCGAGCAGGCCGGCGGUGUUGCCCGAGGUGGAGGAAGAGGAACGAUGGGGUGGGCGUGAGGAUGGAGAGGGUGAGGGCGAUGAGGCUGGUGGUCGGUGGGAGGAUGAUGGGGAACAACGAGGCGGACGACGGGAGUAUGGACGGGGUGACAGGGCACGGUCAUACGAGGGUAGCUCUGGCCGGUCAUACGAGGGAGGGAAUAGGGGACGAUCAUACGAGGAUCGAGGCCGCGGAAAACCAUACGAGAAUGGUAAUCAGGAAAGGUCAUACGAAGGCGGUCAAAGGAGGCAGUCGUACCCUCGACGAGAUGACGGGGGUCGGUCGUCCUCGUCCCGUGCGGAACCGUGGCGAUAAAUAUUCAUGUAAUGAGUAACACACUCGGUUGCGCAUCAUGUGUGGCCGGAUCUAAUUGUACUACAUACCGGUCGUCGAACCGAUAUUUACAAUCACGACUUUAUAGACGCAAGAGC